AUGUCCAAACCACUUGUUUUCAUCACCGGCGCAACCGGCUUCAUUGGCUCACAAGUUGUGGCUUCAACAUUGAAAGCCGGGUAUCGGGUACGGCUCAGCAUUCGAAAGCCAGAGCAAGAAGCCACUAUCAGAAAUCGAUAUCCUGAGCACAGCAAUGACAUUGAGAUCUCUGUAAUUCCUGAUCUGUCUGACCGUCAGGUCUUUGGCCAGGCUCUAAAGGACGUGAACUAUAUCUUCCAUCUCGCGUCGCCAAUGCCCGGGCAGGGAGUUGAUGUUCGACGCGACUAUGUGGAUCCUGCAAUCAACAUGACUACAGCCCUUCUUUACGCUGCACUAGACGCUAAAGAGGUCAAGAAAGUGAUUAUCACGUCUUCGUUGCUUUCUCUGGCCCCAGUUGACGCUAUUCUUUCGAGGAACGGGAAUGUCAAAGAAAACACCAAUGAAAUCAUUCCUGUCGAUCUAUCGGCAUCAUUUCCUGAAGGCUUUACCGGCGAGGCUCUGCGGUAUGCCGCCUCCAAGAUCUUGGCUCACCAGGCUACGCGGGAUUUCCUCAAGGAAAAUAGUCCGCACUACUCGGUUGCCACGUUCCAUCCCACUUUCGUGCUCGGCGACAGCCUGAUUCAAGAAAAGCCCGAGGAUAUUGAUGGUAUGAACGGGUUAUUCUGGAUCUCGUUGAUGAGCGACCAGCCCAAGAUCGCCAAUUCUUGGGUGCAUGUGCGCGACGUGGCCGACGCUCAUGUGAAGGCACUGGAGACCGAGAGUGCGAGUGGAACCGAGUUCAUCUUGGCUCGUCCCGUCUCGUGGAAUAAUGUGGCGCUGUUUGUCCAGAAAACUUAUCCGGCACUGGAGAGUAAGCUGCAGCCUCCGAUCGAGGGUGAAUGGGUCGUGGAAACUACGGCUGCCGACAAUAUCCUGAAGAUGAACUGGCGCUCGGAAGAGACUAUUGUUCGAGAUGUCGUGGACCAGCAGUUAUCGCUGCGGGCGAAGACAUCUUCGAUUUAA